UUUAAAUAAUACACACAACACAAACUGUUUUAAAAAUAAGUAAAUAUUUUAGUAGCAUGGGCACGUGCGUUAAGCGUUUCUUUCAUCCCAAUAAGCCGGUCUGCAGCACUGGCAGCCGCUUCAAGUUCUACUAUCCAGCUGGAGGCACUUACUCUGGCUACUGGAAGUGCAAUCAGCAUCACGGCUGGGGCGUCAAGGAGACGGCCGCCAGGCAGGCGAGCUACUAUGCGGGCAAGAAGCAGCCGCAGGGUCAGCUCAUCUACAAGGGCAACUGGGUGCUGGGCAAGCGUCAAGGCUGCGGCACUAUGAUACGCAAAUGUGGCAAGGAUAUGCAAACGGUGUACACAGGACAGUGGUACGAUGAUAUGAAAUGCGGCGAGGGCAAACAGUUCUACACGGAUGGUUGUGUCUACUUUGGCAAUUGGCUUAGGAAUCGACGUCAUGGAUUGGGCAUACAAUGGUAUGGAGAUGGUAGCAUCUAUGUGGGGGAAUGGCAAACGGACUUUAAGCAUGGACUGGGAGUUUUGUUCCUGGCCAAUGGAAAUCGCUAUGAGGGACACUUUGCGCGUGGCUACAAGAACGGCGAGGGCUGCUUCUAUCAUAUGCACACGGGUCAGCUGCAGAAGGGCAUGUGGGACAAUGAUGUGGCCAUCGCCUCAGUCAUGCAGGACGAAACCUUACUGCGGCGUCAGGAUGCAGUCACUCCCUACGCCAUACCACGCAAUUAUCUAAAAUAUCCCAAUCAAAUAAUGCGCGAAUUGUUUCAGCGCUAUAGUCCGCUGGCCGAUAAGCCGCGUCGUCGCUUCAAUGACAGCGUCAAUCUGGAGUUUGUGCAUCAUCAGCGGCAGUUUGCAUCGUUCGACCAGCGCAUGACCAACGCCAGCCAGCUCGAUCUCAAUCCCAAUCCUCCUUAUGUCUGCACUUGUAGUUGCCAGCGGCACGAACAAGAGCAACAAAUUUAAUGGCCCCCAACAUAUGCUUUGGGGUUAGUUUUAACAAUAAGUGCGUGUUGAUGUGUGAAGUGCCUACACCUGGUUUGGUCAGACGACCCAAAAGGUCUCCCCCUUGUCAUGCAAAUUUGCGGUCGAGUUGGUUUUACAAUUGCGAGCUGAGCUGGACUCUUCAGCAGCAGCCCAAAAUUAAAUUCUAUAAAGGAUAAUAUGUCAUUAUGUUGAUAUUUUUUGCUAUUUGUGGUCGCUCAAGUGGUUUUUUGAUUGAAUAAAGCUUCAAAUUUGAUUUCCAACCGUA